UUCUCCUGGUCUUCAGCUGUCUGAUUUUAUCUGUGUUUUCGACUAUUCCUGAGCAUCACACAUUUGCCAAUGAGUAUCUCUUCAUUCUGAUUUCAUCGUCUUUAUUGCUUCUCUGGCCGUCAUUGCGGCUGGCACCCAGGGGAACAUCUUUGCUACCUCGGCCCUACGCAGCAUGCGCUUCCUGCAGAUCUUACGCAUGGUGCGCAUGGACCGCCGCGGCGGCACUUGGAAGCUUCUUGGCUCAGUGGUCUAUGCCCAUAGCAAGGAACUGAUCACAGCGUGGUACAUUGGGUUCCUUGUCCUUAUCUUUGCCUCUUUCCUGGUCUACCUGGUGGAAAAAGAUGCCAAUGAUGAUUUUCUCACCUAUGCAGACUCCUUGUGGUGGGGUACGAUCACACUCACCACUAUUGGCUACGGGGACAAGGUCCCGAAAACAUGGCUGGGCCGGGUGCUGACAGCCUGCUUUGCCUUGCUGGGAAUCUCCUUCUUUGCUCUUCCUGCGGGAAUUCUAGGCUCAGGGUUUGCUCUCAAAGUCCAAGAGCAACAUCGACAAAAACAUUUUGAGAAGAGAAGGACACCUGCAGCAAACUUGAUCCAGGCUGCUUGGCGCCUCUACUCCACGGACGUCAACCGCUCCUACCUGACUGCUACCUGGUGUUACUACGACAGCAUCCUUCCAUCUUUUAGAGAACUGGUCCUUAUGUUUGACCACUUGCACCGAGCUCGCAACGGAGGGCUUAGGAUCUCUGAGGUGAGGAAAUUCCCUGAUGGAGCUCCACCGUCGUAUCACUCCUUCACCUCUGGCCUGAAAUCCUCCAGUCCUUCUUUUUGCACAGGAGAAAGCAAUAAAAUGGGACUCAAGGACCGCAUCCGAGUGAACAAUUCUCAGAAGCAAGGCAGCCGGGUGAAGCAGCACCUGGUCCCCCCACUCCACCGCUCCCCCAGUACGGAGAACGUCAAUGAAGCCGUCAGCCCCACCAAGGUGCAGAAAAGCUGGAGCUUCAAUGACAGGACAAGGUUCCGGGCCUCACUGAGGCUGAAGCCCCGGACGCCCGUGGACGCUGACGGCCCUGCAGAGGAAAGCAGCGAGGAGAAGGCCUACCAAUGCGACUUGACCUUUGAAGACAUCAUGCCUGCUGUAAAGACCUUGAUCCGAGCAGUCAGAAUUCUUAAAUUCCUGGUAGCCAAAAGAAAGUUCAAGGAGACCUUGAGACCAUACGAUGUUAAGGAUGUGAUUGAGCAAUACUCAGCCGGCCACCUGGACAUGCUUGGCAGGAUCAAAAGUCUCCAGACACGCGUGGAUCAGAUUGUGGGCCGGGGAGCUAUCGCCUUUGAUAAGAAAACACGAGAGAAAGGGGAAAAAGCACCACUGGAGGUCGAGUUGGUGGAUGAACUCAGUAUGAUGGGCCGAGUGGUAAAGGUAGAAAAGCAGGUUGAGUCUAUUGAGCACAAGCUGGACUUGUUGCUAGGUGUUUACUCACAGUGUUUACGGAAGGGUUCCAUCAACUCCAUUAGCUUGACAGCUAUACCAAUUCCCACUGGGGAACCAGACAUCACCUCUGACUAUCAUAGCCCUGUGGACCAUGAAGACAUCUCUGUCUCUGCUCAGACCUUGAACAUCUCCCGAUCGGCCAGCACCAACAUAGACUAACAUGGCCUCUCCAGACUAGCCGUGUAACAGCCAUACACCAGCUAUAUGGGGGGAGUAGAGGCUGGGAGGGAGUCUUUCUUUUAAAAGGAGGGGUUGGGAGACCAUGCCUGACUACUCUAACGGAUGAUGCUCGACUGAGCCGAUAUCUUCUCCAGCCUCACCCUGUUGGUGUUUCCUCCAUCAAAUUCUUCUGCUUUGCACCAGAACGAUCACCUCAACUUUACUUGAAGUCUUCCAAUUGGGGGCAAAGCCACUAGCACCAGAGCAUUUAGAGCUCAUGUAGGGUGGUUAUGUCUCUUAAACAGCAGUGUGGUCACAGCACCCAUCAGCUGACAGUCAUAACUUCACCAGUGCUUCUGGGCUUCCUACAGUGGUCACGAUAGAAUGUAAAACUCAGUAAGCAGCUUUCUCUGUGGGAGGCAAGCCAUGUCAGUCUGAAAUAAAGGGCAGAGGAAUCUGUCUUUGGCCUCUCAGCCUUCUGUAGACAUCUACCAUGGUUCUCAGUUAACUCCAGCGUUUCCCCCGGCCACAGAAGAAUUAAAUUCUCCUUUGGCAAAGAGCAGCCGAGAUGAAAUGGCCACUUCAGACUCUUGAGCCUUGGGUGAUGGCCAUCCCAUCAAGGAAAACCAUGCAAAUGGUGACAGCCAUUGAAUGACUUUUACCAAACAGCCACUGAGUCUGGACUUUGACUUUUCUGGGCAACCAGGUUGGAGAUGCUUUUUUUCAGCUAUGCAAAAGCUAGGUUACUCUUUUCUUCAGCAGUGCUCGACAAGGGACGUUGCAACUCGACUGAAUGUGGUUUCUUGUCUUUGCAUUUAGAAGCAAUUAAUGACUGGCAAUGCCUAACCCUGCUCUUGGCAGCCUUUAAGCACCUUUCUACUUCUCUUUUACCUCCCCAUUCCACCAAGUAGCAGGCAUUGCUUUGUGGCCGCCAAGUUCAUGAGUACACAGUGGAACUUGCCACGUAAAGGAAACAUUUUCAGGGGGAGAUGGGCACCACUAUAUGCAACUAUCUUGAAUAUGCAACCUGAAAUCAAUCUUUAGCAGUGGUUAAGGUGCCUUCUCUGCCUAGGAAGUGAGCAGGGACAUGGGGCCUUUUGGUGCUCUUCAUGUGCACACUUUAAGGAAACCCAAUUCAGGUAGCCAAGAGUAGAACGGGUCCUGGUGUUCUCAGGGGGCAUUUCAUCAGCUUGCUGCCUGUGGGGUGGGAGUUGAUCUUCACUCUCUCCCAGGGAAUUGUGUGUGUGUGUGUGGAUCUCCCAUUCAUUCAACAGCA